AUGUCUGGCAUCCACAACGUCGAGAACUACUCCAAGGAGCCUCAGGUGCUUCGCCGUGAACUGGCCGAGUAUGGUCGCCGUCGUGGAACGGAAUGGCCGUACAAUGACAACUUGGAUGUUGACGUGCUGAUUGUCGGAGCCGGGUUUGGUGGCGUGUAUCUGCUUCAUGAGAUGCGCAAGGCCGGCUUCAAGACGGCGAUAUAUGAGGCCGGUACCAGCUUCGGUGGUACCUGGAGGUUCAAUGUUUAUCCCGGUGCUCGUGUGGACAGCGAGGUCCCCAUCUAUGAGCUCAGCAUUCCGGAAAUCUGGAAAGACUGGACAUGGUCCACGAAUUGCAUGCAUCCGAACUACCAAGAGUUGCAAGCAUACUUUGAUCACGCCGACAAAGUCUUGAACUUGAGCAAGGACUGUGCUUUUGAGACAGUUGUCACGGGAGCAGAAUUUGACGAGAAUGAAGGCAAAUGGCAUAUUGAAACCGCCGAUGGUCGCCACGCCAAAGCAAAGUUCUUCAUCGUCGCGGCGGGCUUUGCUGCGAAACGCUACAUUCCUGACUUCAAGAACUUGGACAAGUUCAAGGGUACCAUGUAUCACUCCUCUUUCUGGCCACCGGAGGGUGUCGAUGUUCGGGGCAAGCGUUGCGCUGUGAUUGGUACCGGCGCUUCUGGUGUGCAAAUCUCACAGGAAUGGGGACCUGUUGCGAAAGACCUUAAGGUGUUUCAGCGAACGCCCAAUUUGGCUGUGCCGAUGGGCAAGCGAGACCUCAGCGUCGAAGAACAGAACAAGCUCAAGCCAUUUUAUCCCGAACUCUUCGCUUAUCGUGAGCGCUGCUUCGGAGGGUUCUGCUUCGACUUGGACGAGCGGUACACCUUCGAUGUGGCCGAGAAUGUACGCGAGGAAUUCUACGAGCAGCUUUGGGGUCACGGCGGCUUCGCCUUCUGGCUUGGCAACUUCGCCGACUAUCUCUACGACCACAAGGCUAACCGCGCCGCCUACGACUUCUGGGCCAAGAAGCAGCGUGCUCGCAUCACCGACCCACGCAAGCGAGACCUGCUCGCUCCCUUGGAGCCACCGCACCCGUUCGGUGUCAAACGUCCGUGUCUGGAACAAAAUUACUACGAGCAGUUCAAUCGCCCGAACGUGGACGUUGUCGACAUUUCGGAGAAGUCCGGAAAUGGCAUCGCCGAGUUCACAGAGAUCGGUAUUAGAACGACAGAUGGCGAGCACUGCGAGUUUGAUGUCAUUGCGAUCGCCACGGGCUUCGACAUCACGACGGGUGGGAUGACGAAUAUGGGAUUGAAGAGUGUCAAGGGAACUUAUCUCAAGGAUGAGUGGAAGCGUGCUGCUUACACAUACCUAGGCACCACCGUCUCCGGAUACCCAAACAUGUUCCAUCUCUACGGCCCUCACGGACCAACCCUGCUUUCCAAUGGGCCCACCAGCGUCGAAGUGCAAGGCCGCUGGAUCCGCGACGCAAUCAACAACAUUACCCAGCAAGAUCUCAAAUACAUCGACGCCACCGAGGAAGCCAGCAAAGAGUGGAAGAAGCGCAUCAACGCUCUUUCCGACGCCAGUCUGUUCCCCACGACCAAGUCGACCUAUAUGGGCGGAUCGCUUCCUGGCAAGGCAUUCGAGCAGGUCAACUACGCGGGCGGUCUUUCGAGGUACAAGGAAGAGAUUCGAGCGGCACUACCUGGCUGGCAGGGAUUCAGGGUGGUGAAGAAUGAUAUCUCGCAGCAUGCGGCGGCGGCAGCUUGA